AAUGUAUCAUGGAAAAUCGACUCUGCCGCUGGAGAAUGCUUUUGCGGCACAGUCGAUAGCGCGCCGGAAUUCGGGCUAGAAGGUCGAGGGUUCGAGACCUGCUCCCUGCCUGUUUCAUUACACUGGUGUCGGAAGUGAUCGGACCUUGCAUCCACGACAGUGCGUGUGCUUGGCCGAUGAGCGCGUUCCUGUAAGACGUAGAGUCGCGAGGACGUACUCGUGGAAAGGAGGGAGUAGUGUAACGACCCUUGAUUUAUAACCGCGGAAAUCGACUAUGCGGCUCGAGCAUGCUUUUUGCGGCACCGUCGAUAGCGCACCGGACUUCGGGCUAGAAGGUCGAGGGUUCGAGACCUGCUCCCUGCCUGUUUCAUUACACUAUUAUGAAACGCCGACUUUGUACCUAUGUUUGUCCUCUGUAGUCGGCUGCCUUUCUUUGUUUGUUUGCUGAAUCCAUACUUUUUCAAUAAACAUUGACUGCAACCACCGACUGUUUCCUUUUUGAGAUUCAAUUUGUCACGUGCACAUUUGCGCUGAGUUGCCAUCUUAGAGCAAGAGCAAUGAGCAAACUGUUGGUGGUUGUAUUUGAUUAACGAUUGUUUAAAAAAAAGUAUGGGUUUAAAUCAUUUAAAAAAUAUUAAAAAAUAUAUAUUUAUUUUUUUAAGGGUAGGGUUCUUGUAUAAAUAUGUGUGUGUGUUUUCGGCUCCACUACGUUGGUGAAGUCAUAUCCAGUGUCUCAUAUCCAGCUUUAUCACAACCGGCGGUGUUUGGGAGCCCCAUAGGGCGGCGCACAAUUGGCCAAGUGUCGUCCGGGUUUGGCCGGUGUAGGACGUCAUUGUUUAUUCAAGCCAUACAGACGUGACGUCAUCAUUUGUGCUUCUAGUGAUCCCCUCACAUGACCAGAAAACGGAAGUGGCAUUUGAAGCCUCGUAAACAAUCGCUCUCCGACUGUCUCUUUCAAACAAACCGUGAUACAAACGCCUAGAUUAUAAGAAAACCACUAUUUAAUCGUGUUUUAUCUAGAUCUAAGUUGGGAUAGUCACCGGGAUCUCUGCUCGUCGAACUGUGAGACGGUAGGAGAGAGAGAGAGCGAGAGAAACAGAAACAGAUAGAGAGAUGGGUCUGUCAGAGAAAGAAGAGUGUGUCUUGUUGGAUAAAAAGCUGCUUGUCUUUAUGGACCAACUGGAGCUGCUGGAGGAGAAACGAGAGAGACUCAACUCUCUAAUAGAACAGGGAUGGUUCUCCAUGUCCAAAGCGAGGUAUUCGAUGGGCAACAAGCAGGUGUCUGCUCUGCAGUAUGGGAGUGAGAUGGAACCUCUGGUCCGAGUCCACACCAGGACUCUGGAGAGUGGUGAGGCCGAGUUCCAGACAAAGAGAAGAACGCUGAAGUGUCCUGAAGAGAGACAGGUGGAGGACAUUGGACCUAAAGACAAGGAGGGUGUGAGGAGAAGAGUGAAGACGCAGGAGGUUCCAGACCAGAGUGACAACAAUGAUCCGUGGACAGAGACCGAGCCGGCUACUUCCUCCAAGCCUGAACCCAACCCCCAGCAGGACCCACUGAAGUGGUUUGGAAUCCUGGUGCCUCAGACCCUGAAACAGGCCCAGGCCUCAUUCAAACAGGUGGUAGAGUUGUCAGCGGAGAUGGCUGCUCUCCAGUCUGCAGUCCUGACCACCAGACAACAGCUGCAGAUGAAACAGAAGAGCAGGAGCCAGAACUCGGACCAGACGGACAGACUGACCUGACUGACUGACCUGACUGAUAGACUGACCUGACUGAUAGACUGACCUGACUGAUAGACUGACCUGACUGAUAGACUGACCUGACUGACCGACCGACCGACCCACCCACCCUGACCCACCCUGACCCACCCUGACCUGACCUGACCAGAUCAUGGUUUAGCGUACACAGCCACUCUCUCCCACAUAAUAUAGUAGUGCACUACUUCUGUCUAGAGCCCUUUCAUACAAAGACUGAGGGGGCUGCAACACCCCUGAUAAAUAAAUAAAAAAUAUAGAAAUAAUCAAAUCUACAUCUUUUUUUUAUCACGAAGUUUGUGAUCUUCAUUACGCCUGUAUUAGCGGAGGGAAAUACUCAAGAUAUACCCCUGCUACCUAUACGUACAUGUAGGUAGCAGGGGUAAAGAUACGUUGAGGUAGAUGUGUAGGUAAUAGGGGUAAAGAUACGUUGAGGUAGAUAUGUACGUGUAGGUAAUAGGGGUAAAGAUACGUUGAGGUAGAUAUGUAGGUAAUAGGGGUAAAGAUACGUUGAGGUAGAUAUGUACGUGUAGGUAAUAGGGGUUAAGAUACGUUGAGGUAGAUAUGUACGUUAGGUAAUAGGGGUAAAGAUACGUUGAGGUAGAUGUGUAGGUAGCAGGGGUAAAGAUACGUUGAGGUAGAUAUGUACGUGUAGGUAAUAGGGGUAAAGAUACGUUGAGGUAGAUAUGUAGGUAAUAGGGGUAAAGAUACAUUGAGGUAGAUAUGUACGUGUAGGUAAUAGGGGUAAAGAUACAUUGAGGUAGAUAUGUACGUGUAGGUAAUAGGGGUAAAGAUACAUUGAGGUAGAUAUGUACGUUAGGUAUGAGGGGUAAAGAUACAUUGAGGUAGAUAUGUACGUGUAGGUAAUAGGGGUAAAGAUACGUUGAGGUAGAUAUGUACGUGUAGGUAAAAGGGGUAAAGAUACGUUGAGGUAGAUAUGUACGUGUAGGUAAAAGGGGUAAAGAUACGUUGAGGUAGAUAUGUACGUGUAGGUAAAAGGGGUAAAGAUACGUUGAGGUAGAUAUGUAGGUAAAAGGGGUAAAGAUACGUUGAGGUAGAUAUGUACGUGUAGGUAAUAGGGGUAAAGAUACGUUGAGGUAGAUAUGUAGGUAAAAGGGGUAAAGAUACGUUGAGGUAGAUAUGUAGGUAAAAGGGGUAAAGAUACGUUGAGGUAGAUAUGUACGUUAGGUAAUAGGGGUAAAGAUACGUUGAGGUAGAUAUGUAGGUAAUAGGGGUAAAGAUACAUUGAGGUAGAUAUGUAGGUAAUAGGGGUAAAGAUAUGUUGAGGUAGAUAUGUAGGUAAUAGGGGUAAAGAUACGUUGAGGUAGAUGUGUAGGUAAUAGGGGUAAAGAUACGUUGAGGUAGAUAUGUACGUGUAGGUAAAAGGGGUAAAGAUACGUUGAGGUAGAUAUGUACGUGUAGGUAAUAGGGGUAAAGAUACGUUGAGGUAGAUAUGUACGUGUAGGUAGCAGGGGUAAAGAUACAUUGAGGUAGAUAUGUACGUUAGGUAAUAGGGGUAAAGAUACAUUGAGGUAGAUGUGUACAGGACCAGUCCAAAGUUUGGACACCUACUCAUUCAAGGGUUUUACUUUAUUUUUACUAUUUUCUACAUUGUAGAAUAAUAGUGAAGACAUCAAAACUAUGAAAUAACACAAAUGGAGACAUGUAGUAACCAAAAAAGUGUUAAACAAAUCUAAAUCUAUUUAAUUUUUUCUGUCUUUUUUUUCUUUCUAUCUAUCUAUUUUUUCUAUCUAAUUUGAAAUUCUUUAAAGUAGGGACGGCAGGUAGCCUAGUGGUUAGAGGGGGGCGGCAGGUAGCCUAGUGGUUAGAGCGUUGGGCCAGUAACCGAAAGGUUGCUGGAUCGAAUCCCUGAGCUGACAAGGUAAAAAUCUGUCGUUCUGUUCCCCGGUGGGCCGUCAUUGCAAAUAAGAAUGUGUUCUUAACUGACUUGCCUAGUUAAAUAAAAAAGCCACCCUUUUCCUUGAUGACAGCUUUGCACACUCUUUCUGAAUUCUCUCAACCAGCUUCACCUGGAAUGCUUUUCCAACAGUCAAAUGCUGAGCACUUAUUGGCUGCUUUUCCGUCACUCUGCGGUCCAGCUUAUCCCAAGCCAUCUCAAUUGAGAUGUGUUCCAUUAUUAAAGUGACCAGUGUUCCAUUAUUAAGGUGACCAGUGUUCCAUUAUUAAGGUGACCAGUGUUCCAUUAUUAAGGUGACCAGUGUUCCAUUAUUAAAGUGACCAGUGUUCCAUUAUUAAAGUGACCAGUUUUCCAUUAUUAAAGUGACCAGUGUUCCAUUAUUAAGGUGACCAGUGUUCCAUUAUUAGAGUGACCAGUGUUCCAUUAUUAAAGUGACCAGUGUUCCAUUA